AGCGGCUCCGCCCAAUCGUUCGCGCCCGCCGGUUCCCCCACCGCGAACGGAAUGGUCUUGCCCAGUUUCUGCCGAGGGCGGUGAAUGGUUUCCCUCGCAGAGGGGGCGUGGCCCCGAGGUGACAGCAUCAGGCAGCGCCCUGGGAGAGACCGGCACUGGACGUGGGAAGCGCGUGCCCGGCGGUCCGUAGCGCCAGGAUUGGAGGAGGCAGUACCUCUUCCCCCAACAAUGGCUUCUGAUUUGGGAAAUGCCUCAGUGUUGGAUCCCUUAUCUGUGCCUGCUUUGAAGAUUCAGGCUCCAUUGAAAAAAGCUAACCGAAAGGGAGGGCUUCCAGAGGCCAAGCGGAAAGGACGGGCAAAAAGAUUGAACAAAGAUGCUGAGGAUCUGCUCUUGGGCCUGCAGCGACUGGAUCUCACUACAGAAUGUGCUGCUCCCACGGGAACUGGACUGAUUUGGGAUAAACGGAUGACAGAAUUUUGCUGCCCAUGGGAUAAAAGUUUCCCAGAAUGCCCAGAGCGGCUGGUGACCAUUCAGGACAAACUACUUCAAUAUGAACUGUUGGAGCGUUGUGUCCCAAUAAUGGGCCGAGAAGUUUCUGAGGAGGAGAUCCUCUUGGCUCACAGUCAGGAGUACUUGACACUCAUGAAAUCGACCGAAACAAUGAGUGAGACUGAGUUAAGGUCUCUGGCAGAUACCUUUGAUUCUGUUUACCUGCAUCCAAAUUUCUACCGCUGUGCCUGCCUUGCUGCUGGUUCUGUCUUGCAACUUGUGGAGAAAGUGUGGUCUGGGGAACUCCGUAAUGGCCUGGCUGUGGUCAGGCCCCCUGGACACCAUGCUCACCGCUACAAGAUGGAUGGCUACUGCAUGUUCAACAACAUAGGCAUUGCAGCACAAUAUGCCCGACAGAAAUUGGGGGUGGAGCGGGUGCUUAUUGUUGACUGGGAUGUGCAUCAUGGGCAAGGCCUUCAGUACCUCUUUGAGGAGAAUCCCAGCAUCCUUUAUUUCUCCAUCCAUCGCUAUGAAGGAGGAAAUUUCUGGCCCCAUCUUCCAGAAUCUGACAGUCAUGCAGUGGGCAGAGGUCGGGGAGAGGGCUACAACAUCAAUGUGCCCUGGAACCAGACAGGAAUGAGGGAUGCUGACUACCUCUCUGCCUUUUUACAUGUCCUACUGCCUGUGGCCUUAGAGUUCCAACCCCAGAUGAUCCUGGUUGCUGCUGGUUUUGAUGCUGUAAUUGGUGAUGUUAAGGGGGAGAUGGCUGCCACCCCAGCAUGCUUUGCUCAGCUGACACAUCUGUUAAUGUCGCUGUCUGGAGGCAAGCUGGUUUUGUCUCUGGAGGGUGGGUAUAAUCUCCAGACCUUGGCAGAGGGAACCUGCAUGGUCCUUAAGACUCUCCUAGGAGAUCCCUGUCCACUGAUGGAAUCACCUUUCCUCCCAUGUAGCAGUGCCCUCAGCUCAGUGUCUCAGACCAUUGCAGUUCAUAGCAAGUAUUGGAAGAACCUACGGAGGAUCAGUGCUGAUGUGCCCCAGGAGAAUGGCAAGGUUAGUGUAGCUUGGCCACCAGCCAGCCAUCUGUCUGUAGCUGAUGCCCUCUCCAGGUCAGCAGCUGAACUGAUGCAGCCCCGGCCCCCUUCUUGCACAGGGCUAGUCUAUGAUGAGAAGAUGAUGGAGCAUUACAAUAUGUGGGACAGCCAACAUCCAGAGCUGCCUCAGAGAGUCUCCAGGAUCUUCCAGCGCCAUGGGGAGCUGCAUCUGACAGAGCGGUGCUGCCGGCUCCCAGCCCGCCUUGCCUCUGAAGAGGAGCUACAAAUGUGCCACAGCCUGGCUUAUGUGGAGACAGUGAAGUCCACAGCCACCAUGAAGCCCCGUGACCUGCAUCGCCAGGGCGACCAGUACAAUUCUGUCUAUAUCUGUGCCAGCUCCUAUGAGUGUGCCCGGCUGGCAGCCGGGUCUGCAUUCAGUGCAGUAGAGGCUGUACUUUCUGGGAAGACUCAAAAUGCUGUGGCCAUUGUCCGCCCUCCUGGACACCAUGCUGAAUCAGAUACUGCCUGUGGCUUCUGCUUCUUCAAUUCUGUGGCUUUGGCAGCACGAUAUGCCCAGCGCUUUGCUGGCCGGAGCAUGAGGGUGUUGAUACUAGACUGGGAUGUUCACCAUGGCAAUGGGACGCAGCACAUGUUUGAAGAUGAUCCCAGUGUUCUGUAUAUCUCCCUCCAUCGCUAUGACAAUGGCACUUUCUUCCCCACUUCUGAGGAUGCAGACUAUGACCGGGUGGGUGUGGGGCCUGGUGAAGGCUUCACCCUUAAUGUGCCUUGGAACUGUUCCCGCAUGGGAGACUCUGAGUAUCUGGCUGCCUUCCAUCAGAUUGUCAUGCCUGUUAGCUAUGAGUUCAAUCCAGAGCUGGUCCUGGUGUCGGCUGGUUUUGAUGCUGCCCGAGGGGACCCGUUGGGAGGGUGUCUCGUGACCCCAGAAUGCUAUGCCCAUAUGACCCACUUCCUCUUGGGCUUGGCAGGAGGGAAGGUAGCCGUUGUCCUAGAGGGUGGCUAUAACCUAGAAUCUAUCUCAGAGUCCAUGACCAUGUGUACCCGCAGCCUCCUGGGGGAUCCUCCACCUCCACUGGGACGCCUAAAGCCCCCCCACCUGAGCGCCCUGCAGUCCUUGGCCCGUGUUGCUGCUGUGCACCGCAAAUAUUGGAUGAGCCUCCGACUAGAAGUACCUGCUACUCUGUGGGAGAAGCCCAGGACCCGGGCUGGGAAGGAAACUCCCAUUCCAAAUGAGGUUCCUGAACAAGCCCCUCAAGAGUUGCUCCAAAGCCCUGUAGCUCAACCUGUGGAAGCUAUAGAAGAUGCUAUGGCGGGCUUGGGCUCCCUCCAGCUAGAAGACAAUCUCAUGGAAGAGGGCGAAACAGCUUCGAGUUCUCUCUCUCCUGACUCUAGUCCAGUGGGUGAGGAAGGUCAGCCAAAAGUUGGUGGCUCCCCUAAAGAAGUGGAUUCAGCAGAGGGUGCACCAAGAGAAGGCAUGCCGGCGGAGGGCUUCUCUGGUGAAGUGACAGCUCCUGACAAAGAGGCAGAAGUGAGCUUGCAACUUCACCCCCCUGUCCUGCUGGAUGAAGCAACAGGGGGCGCUCCUUCCUUUGAUGAGCAGCUUGGGGAAGAUAUGGCUGACAGUGGGCUGUUUUAUGCGGUGACUCCCUUAACCUGGUGCCCCCACCUCAGCUCGGUGCUGCCUGUGCCUCCUGUGGGCUUGGACGUGCUGGAGCCUUGUGCAGAAUGUGGCAGCAAGAUGGAGAACUGGGUUUGUCUGGUGUGCUAUAAGGUCUGUUGUGGCCGCUACAUUAAUCAACAUAUGCUGGAUCACAAUAAGGAAUCUGGGCACCCGCUGGUGCUUAGCUUUGCAGAUCUCUCUGCCUGGUGCUAUGGCUGCCAAGCCUACAUCCAUCACCCAGUCCUUCUUGAAGCCAAGUGCCAGGCCCACAAGCUGAAGUUUGGAGUGGACAUGCACCUGCCUUCCUAAGGUGACUUUGUUCAGAGGGAAGUCCUAAGACUGAAUGCAGCACAAUCAACCAUCAUUUGACCUCACUGAAGUGAAUCCGAGGCUUAAAGGGCUCUUGUGCCAAAAAUAGCCAGCAAUCAUCAAUUGCAAUGCCACCAGCAGCCACCAAUCAAGCACCAGCACCCUCACUGCUUCCGCUAGAACAAAGAACGUCCUUCUGGUCCAUUCCAUGAAGGGGAAGAAUCACAUGUUAGUGCGUUAAGGAUAUCUUUGCUUCCGAUCAGAAGUACUUCACUUUCUUCCAUGCUGAAGAAACUCCAGUGCCAAUUUUCUUUUUACUAAAGGGGCAAGGGGCUCACUUUUCGAGUGUCUGAUUGUGCAAGACUGCAUUUCCCUUCAUAUUACUGUAUAUUCCUCUAAAUCAUCUCUCCUCCAUGUUAUAGUGAUUUUUUUGCUCAGUUGGAAAAAGCCUAUGUUGAUUUUAAAGUAAUGUGCAGGGCAUUGGAGUGAAUGAGAGAAAGGGUGUUUCCCUUGAGAUUAGAGUAGGAUGUGACAAGCGGUCAGUCCAGACGUUGGUCUAGCCUUGUUAAGAAUCUACAUUAUAAUUUUAAGACUGAGUUCACAUUUUGGACUUCAAACCGUGUAUAUGCAUGUAUAGGUAAAAGCAAGAAAGGGAAACAGCAGUUUCCACAUGAAGCAAGUUGACCUGAGCCAUGACAGCAAAACCACUGUUUAUGUUGAAUCAUGACGCUCCUAGAAAGUUGUUAUUUGAAUUACCAUGGCAAGCACUGUGUUUAUGCGCACGUUGUUUUCUGCAGAUAAAAAUGAGAAUGAGCCUGCUGCAAAAGGGAAUGUGAGAAUUGGGCCUUGAUUGCUGUAUUGGAAAUAAGUUGGUGCAGUUGGCUUGUUAAGCAAGGAGCAGGAUGGCCUUCCCUAGGGGUGAGUUUCUGUCCUUGGCAAAUGACUGGGGAAGCAUGCAUUGGACUCCCUGGCCACUUCCAAAGUUGCAAGGUGGCAGAGCUAGGGGGUGGAGUGGUUUAGGUCUGCAGUAUGAAAGCCUUAAAGCUUCUCUUCUAUCAAGCUAAAAAGUGGUCAGGAGGAAAAGCUUUAAACUGGUAAAAUAAGACGGCACACCCAGCCUUUAAAUAAGGGUGGCCAAUGUGGUGCUGUUUAGUUUAUAGCUCCCGUCAUCCUUAGCUAAUUAAGUUAGCUAGGAUUGAUGGCAUGUCCAAAACAUCAAGACAGGACCAAUUUGCUUCAUGCUCUGAAAGCUGAUGGAGGAAAAGGAUACGUGUUGAAAAGAGUUAAUGGGGGAGGGUGGCAAGAAGAAAAGAUGGCUGGGAAGGGCUCACUGUGUGUGUGAAAGAAGCUCAUCAUCUUCCACUUGAGGGUGCAUCAUUUUCCAGGGCCGGCCCUGGUGGAUUUGUGGGGAGGGGGAUGUAUGGCUAUUAUAAGGUUGAUCUGAAGAUGGAGAGAGGGUUGAUACUGAAACUUGAGAAUUUAGUUGGAUUGUAGCCUCCACUGAAAAAAAAAUGUUUGCGUAUGUUUCUCUGCCUGAUUUGUAAUCUUUGUAAUUCAAAUAAAGUGCUCCUGCUUGGAA